AUGUCUACGAUAAAGGAGAUUUCCAACGAGGACGAGUGGCGAGCCCACGUCGCCAGCCUGCACAAGGACACCCUCCUCAUCAUCUCGUUCCACGCACCCUGGGCCGCACCCUGCGCGCAAAUGGCCACGGUCCUGCGCACCCUCGCCGCCGAGUACCCCGUCACCGAGCCGCUGCAGACGAGCUGGGUGUCGCUCAACGCCGAGGAGCUGAGCGACGUCAGCGAGACCUACGACGUGACGGCCGUGCCCUACCUGGUCCUGCAGCGCAACGACACGGUCCUCGAGACCGUCAGCGGCAGCAGCGCCGUCAAAGUCCGCACCGCCAUUGAAACCCACGCCCGCACCAAGACUGAUGGAGCUGCUGCUGUGAAUGGUGGUGGCGCCGCUGCCGCUGCGGCCCAGCCCGACGAGAUGGAUACCGAUGUCGACCCCGCCAAGGCCAAGGAGGAGCUGUUCAAGAGGCUGGGCGAGCUGGUCAAGGCCGCCCCCGUCAUGCUCUUCAUGAAGGGCACGCCCAGCUCUCCGCAGUGCGGCUUCUCGCGGCAGCUGGUCGGUAUCCUGCGGGAGCGCAGCGUCAAGUACGGUUUCUUCAACAUUCUGGCCGACGACGAGGUGCGACAAGGCCUCAAGGAGUACGCCGAGUGGCCCACGUAUCCCCAGCUCUGGAUGGAUGGCGAGCUUGUUGGUGGUCUCGACAUUAUCAAGGAGGAACUGGAGAACGACCCCGACUUCCUCAAGUCCUACAGUGUGGCCAAGGAAGAGACUGCCGCUGCCUGA